AUGGUAACACACGAGGUCAAUAAGCAAUCCUGUAGGUGUGUAUCAUCCUUGAGCUCGAACACCCUCUACCAGGUACAACAUGAAGCUAGCUGCUGGACCCUCAUAGUUACGUCUCCACCACAGCAUCCUGUUAUAAGACACAUCAAACUUGACACAUGUACUCUAAAUGGCGCCACGGACGUGACCCAGGUCGCUAUGACGUCAUCACAGAACCAUGAAACGAACUUCGCACUAUGUACUCUAAAUGGCGCCACGAACGUGACCCAGGUCGCUAUGACGUCAUCACAGAACCUGAACCCUGAAUCAAACUUUGCACUAUGUACUCUAAAUGACUCCACGGACGUGACCCAGGUCGCUAUGACGUCAUCACAGAACCAGGAACGACUCAAAACUCCCGAUAUGACGUCAUGACGUUUGACAGAUGACGUUUGACAGGUGACGUUUGACAGAUGACGUUUGACAGGUGACGGUUGACAAGAUGGCGGGAAAACAUUUCCCCCCCACCCCUUUUUCUGGUACCCAUAUUAAAAUCCGGGGGCCCCUUUUUGGGGGGCGGAGCCCUACGGGCCCCCUUUUUGGGGGGCGCAGCCCUACGGGCCCCCUUUUUGGGGGGCGCAGCCCUACGGGUCCCAACUACAGCAUCCUGUAUUACGAACUUCACACUAUGUACGCUAGAUGGCGCCAU